AUGUCCAAGGAGACAGAAUUGAAAGUGAAAGAAGAAGUGGAAAGUUGUCCAAUAUUGUACCAGUCCUUAAAAGGAAGACGGGGGCAGUCAAAAUAUGUGUGGGACUACAGAAAUUUGAACGAAGCAUCUCCUAAAGACGAGUAUCCAAUGCCUAUGGCGGACAUGUUGGUGGACGGAGUUGCUCACAAUCAAAUGCUAUCAUUCAUGGAUGGCAAUGCAGGAUUCAAUUAG